GCCCGAUUAUCCACUUCGUUGCACGACCGUGCAACUCGACGGUCGAUCGUUCUCCACUCCAAUUCAAUCCAAUUCCUUUCAAAUCAUCGUCAGCCAUUCGUUCGUUCGAACGUUGUCAAAUUUGAAGAUUUAAAUCGCACGAUUAAUUAUAUAAAUCGUGCUGACAUCACCGAGAUCUGCGCCGCAAGGGAAGAAUUCUAGUCAGAUUGAAGUGUGACAUCAUGGAGAGUGCGGUCCGCGCGUUUCUCCAGUUUUUGUUGAUGGCAAAGGCAGCGUCCGGCGUGGAGAAGCAUUGGCUUCCGGAUUUGGAGUGGGAAACGGCGGAGAACUGGGUUGGAAAGCGGAUACCGGAAUUGGACAGUCACGUGACGUUCCCUUUGGACAUGAGACACGCCGCGGGAAUAGGGCGACCGAACGAUUUGAGGCUCGCCGGCGUCGAUCUGGCUAGAUCAGGGAUCUUGGCGCUACCGAGAAACGGCAGACUGCAGCUGAGUGAGCCAGCAGGAGGAUCGCCGAAGAAAGUGAGUGAGUGGUCGAAGUCGGGUCACUUGUUCUGGGCUGACCCUCAAAACUGGAAGGGCAGUUCGAUAGCAGCCCCGCAUCUGGAGCAGGUGCCCUGUCGUCAAGACGACAUCGUGCUGCCGAGUGGGAAUAAGACGUUCAGCGUGCUUCUGCCAGCGAAGAGCAUCGAGGUGAGAUCGGUCAGAACCACGGACAACAGGCAACCGUAUAGCGCAUGGCAGUGGGCAGACAUGGACUGGAGAAGGGAGUUCGAGAAAGGAAUAUUCACCGUGAAGUACGCGGGCUACAGCUGCGAGAAGUGUCCCUGCCAAGACGAUCCGAACGGCUACUAUCUGGAAGAAAUCUGCGCGAUCGAGAGGCCAAAGUGUGGAUUCACACCCUGCGAAUAUCCCUUAUGGGUGGAGGGCCAUUGCUGUCGAUACUGUGGCGGUCGAGUGUCUUUGACGAAGAGAGCGUCUUUGUCGAUGGUUCGAGCGGCGAUGGACGAGGCAUUGGAAGAAUACGCGGAGAAGCUCGCCUGGCACGUCAGACGCACUUGGAACGGACUAGUCGAGGUUCUGAUAAAGAAAAGGGACGAUUAUUCGGAGAUCGACAUCUUGGAAGCCACAGAAGACGCGAAGAAAGCACUUCUAAGCAUGAAGAUGGAGAUCUUGACCACGGAGGUGACUGGUGCCGCGUUGCAAGACAAUCGCUUGGUUGUCACGCUGGUUCCCCUUCUGGCGACACCAGUGAUACUCCUUCUCCUUCUGUUCCUCGUCUUUUUAUACUUUGGCUACUCUCACAGGCAUAUCCUGUCGGGCUGCUCGGAGAUGUUCUCGUCGAUAAGGGACGGAGUUGGCGUGGAGAAGACGCAAGUCAGGAAGCCGUUCGGUUUCGCCCGAUUCGAGAACAUCUCGGAGGGCAACGUGCAAAUUGCCAGCGUGGCCGACGUCGACGAACCACGGGCGAACCUCGACGACGGGGAAACAGGAAGCGCGGACCCUCCCGGCGGUAGAUUCGAGAACCCUUUGUACAGAUCGAAGAGAAGAGGACGCAAGAAGGACGAAGAGGUUUUAAACAUGGAGGCUCCUCUCAGUUUGUCCACCCUCAAGGACAACGUGGGCCGUCAAAUCGAGGAAGUGGACGUCGACGUCGACGAGUGAACAUCUCGCGAGUGAAAUUUUCCUUUAAACUGUCCAAACUAUCCUUUCUCCUUUUUUUCAUCAACCUCGGAAAGAAGGGGUUAAACAGAGCAGAGAAUUCAUUUCUGUUAUCGAUGAGGUUUGAUAACGGAAUCGUAAUUAAAACGAGUGAAUGAACGCUGACAUCGACGAGUGAACUUCUCAUAAGUGAAAUUUUCCUCCAAACUGUCCUUUCUCCUUUUUCAUCAACCCCAAAAAGAAUGGUUAAACAGAUUCGUUCGUUUCGAGAGUCCGCAGGAAGAUCGAGAAAAUGGAGAGACAUUAAUGAGGUUUGAUAACAGAAUCUUAAUUAAAACGAGUGAAUGGACGUUCGGUUUCAAUUGUUGCAAGCCUAUCGGCUCGAGCUACGAAAUUUGUUGACACGUGGAUCGAUAAUACGUUUUCAGAAGCAGAAUAAAACUAGAGUAUCGUCUCAGCUCGUUGAACUUUUUUCUUUUUUUUUUUUUUUUCGUUUAUUAAAAUGAAAAUCGAAGUGUGAAGAUUGUGCAACAUCACAGCAUUUCCUCUUCGCUUAAAGAAAAGGAGA